CGUAUAAAAGCGGGCGCCGGCGCACGUCCACCGUCGACUCGGCGUAGACGCACAGGAUACGACGAGCACCAUGAGGACCGCCGUGCCACUUCUGCUGGCCGCUCUAGCCCUUCUGGGCCUGGCCUCUGCCACCAUCAACCCUGCACCGCACGUCGCUGCUGACAAGGACUUCCUCCUCAGGCAGAAGAGACUUCUUCAGAUCCUAUGGCACGUCGGACAACCUAUACUGGACCCUGAACUGAAGGAGAUCGCGAGUUCCUUUAAACUUGAAGAACACGCUGGAGAUUUCAAAGACCCAGAGCUUGUCAAGAGGUACUUAAGGUACUACGCACACGGGUUCUUCAAGAAACGCGGAGAGCAGUUCUCGGUGCACCACAAGUACGACCAGCUCGAGGCUAAGGCGCUCGUCGACAUCCUGUACCAAGCAAAGGACUUCGACACCUUUUUCAAGACCGCCGUCUGGGCCAGGGAACACCUGAACGAGGGCCUGUUUGUGUACGCACUCAACGUCGCUAAGUUGCACCGCGAUGACCUCUUCGACGUCGUUCUGCCGCCCUUCUACGAGAUCUACCCCCAGCUCUACGUCUGCUCUGACGUCAUCAGGGAGGCGUGGGGAGCAACCUUAGAAGGCAAGACUUUCGACAAGGACCAUCCAUACGUGAUCCGCGCAAACUACAGUGGCUACCCACGCGCCCACAACGCCGACGAACUCCUCUCCUACUACACCGAGGACAUCGGCCUGGGCGCCUACCUCGACUUCAUGCACUACCGCUAUCCCUUCUGGGCCAAGGUGGCCGAGUAUAACCAGGCCAACUACACCCGCAGAGGGGACCAGUUCUACUACGGCAUCAAGGCCAUCCUCAGCCGCUACUACCUGGAGAGGCUCUCGAACCACCUCCCUGACAUCGAACCCGUCGACUACAAGAGACCCGUCCCCGGAUCUAAGCCUUACGGCCCAUUCGUUCAGUACCUCAGCACACUGGAGAGAAGACUUUGGGAAGCGGUCGAUUUUGGCUACGUGUUUGACUCCGAAUUCAAGAAAUACUCUCUUCGCGACCCACUGAACAUUGAGAUCUUUGGACGGAUCGUGGAAGGUAACGCAGACUCCAUCAACAGGGAUUACUACGGCUCAUUCUACAACGGCCUUCUGAAGUACCUGGGACACGACGGAGACCAUCAUCACGGGGAGGAUCCCUCACUCCUGGACAGACCAGCAUCAACUUUCAAGUCUCCUCUGUACUACAAGAUCGUUAAGCGAAUUGCGCUGAUACUGGACCAGUUCAAGAAACACCUUCCACCUUACUCACAGAAAGAGCUGUCUCUGCCCGGCGUGAAAGUUGAGAGCCUGACGGUCGACAAGCUAGUCACCUACUUCGAGGACUACGACUUCGAGCUGAACAACGCUAUCCCGGUGGCGAGCAUCGAAGAAGGCGCCAAACUGAACGUCGUGGCUCGCGUCCCACGCCUGACACACAAGCCCUUCAACUACCACGUCAAGGUCACCAGCGACAAGGACGUCGACGUCUUCGUUCGCUUCUUCAUCGGCCCGCGCUACGACGUCUACGGCAACGAGCUGUCGCUCGACGAGAAGAGGCACAACUUUGUCUACAUUGACUCUUUCGUCUUCAAUCUGAAAAAGGGAGAGAAUGAGCUGGUGAGGAACUCCAAGGACUUCAACUACUACGGCCAGCUGCCGCUGAGCUACAGGAAGCUGUACGAGGCCACGGAGGCGGCCAUCGCCGGCGGAAAGCAGCCCUUCAUCGACGACUUCGUGCACAAGUACGGCGACAUCGAGCGCCUGGCGGUGCCCCGCGGAACCCGCAGCGGCCUGCCGCUCACCACCUACGUCAUCAUCACCCCGUUCACGCACAAGACCAUCAGCAGGAUCAACCCGUACACCGACGACGUCGGCGCCAAGAUCUCCCUCUUCCCGUUCGACAGGCCCAUCAACGAGCUGGACUUCGACGUGUCCAAUUCGCACUUCGGCGAGACAGUCGUCAUUCACAGGAACGCCGAAGAAGUCGCCGCUGCCUGAAGCUGUACAGUAUAGUCUGCUGAUUUAAAACGCCUACUGCCCAAGUGUACAUUUUCUGUGACUUAGGUAGUAAUCAAAUAAACACAUUUUAUACGCUCUUCUAUUA